AUGACGUUGGGCAAAGAGUGUGAUGUGAAUGCCCCGCGAGGGAUAAACUCGCUCAACCAACAAACUAUGUCCAACAAAGCGAGGAGGAUGCUGGUUCUUCUGCUGAUCAUCCUGAAGGAAGCUGGGAUGACCGCAGCCUGCAGCAGCAGCUGUUCAUCAGACUGUGACUGCAGCAACAGAGGCCUCACCAGUGUUCCUCUGGGACUUGGUAAUCUGCGGACCUUGUAUCUUCACAAUAACCAGUUAACAAGUCUGCCAGCUGGCAUAUUUGCGGGACUUGGUAAUCUGCAGAACUUGUAUCUUUACUCUAACCAGUUAACUAGCCUGCCAGCUGACAUAUUUGAGGGACUUGGUAAUCUGCAGCUCUUGUAUCUUGACUAUAACAAGUUAACAAGCCUGCCAGCUGGCAUAUUUGAUGGACUCGGUAACUUAGAGAGGCUUUACCUAUACAGUAAUAACAUCCACAGUAUUGAGGCAGGCACAUUCAAUGACACACCAAAGCUACGUGAUCUAGGACUUAAGCACAACAGCAUCAGCACUUUCCCUGUAGAGGCCUUAUCAAACUUGAAUAUUUCAGCGCUGUCAGAGCUUACAUUAGAUUCUAACGAAUUAGAGACCCUACCACUCAUGGCAUAUGACAUACUGGCUUCCAUUUCAACAGUCAACAUUGGCAACAACCCCUGGCAGUGUGACUGUAGGAUGGCUCCCUUUAAGCAGAGAAUGAGCGGGUCUUACCCAUUUGAAGACCAGAUCAGAUGUGCCGGACCUGCUAACCUUGCAGGGCAACUCUUACGGGAUGUUACGUUAAAUCCUGAAGACUCAAUCUAUGAGGACCCUGACACAGCAGAGUACAACACCAUAGAUGAUGUCAAUCAGUCAGAAACUCACAGUGAUAGUCUGUCCCUAAGUUCACAGCCAGGCUCAGGGCAAAUUCAGCAUCUCGGCAGCUUUAACGAUGGUUACAAGGUUCCCUCUCCCUCCCUGUACCCUGGAGAAGGUCCACAGUCCCACAAAUAUAUGAACAGCCAGGUGACAGCAGCUGCUAAAGAUGCUGCAGCUGGUCCACAGGUUAUUGUGUAUGAGAAUAAUGAUGAGUUAGUUGAUAAUCAAUCACAGACAGCAGCUGCCCCUGGUGCUGACAGCCCUCACCACUAUGAACCCCUGAAGAACCCCAGCAGUCAGCAGCAGCACACAUACACAUCCCUGCUGACCCAUGGUUCACAACACAAUUAG